AUGUCUUUUUCGAAGCUGUCAACCGAGUUAGACACCAAGAUCUUGGAAUACCUACACGAUGACCGCUCAUCUCUCUCCGCCAUGUCAAUGGUAUCUAAAUACUUCCGCCGCAUCACCGAGCCAAUCCUAUAUCGGGACCUCUGUUUCCCCCAGAUGACAACCAACCAAAUGAAGAAACUCCUUACGAUAGUCCUAUCGCGACCACAGCUUGCAAAGCACGUCCGCAGCCUCACAAUGGUACCCGAGAGAGAGAGUUCAUUCAACGGCACCGACUGCACUCCUUCAGAAGAGGAUAUGGAGGCAUGGAACCGCCUCCACGAAGCCAACCAUCCCGCCCUCCUCACGCUGUCCGAAAAGCUGGAAACCUUCAGCCUGAGCCCCCAAUUCGUCCAAGACUGGUUCUCCCCCAUCUUCAACUGCACGUUCUUGGACGAUCGCCCCUCUCUCCUCGACCCCUUCCUCGCUGUCUUCCUCAUCCUAGCCACCAACAUCGAAACCAUCAACUUAACCGCUACCGCGGGGGAAGUAUUACGAAGAUCCCGCGCGAUCUUCAGUGUCGCAUGGUCUCGCUAUCCCGUCGACGACACACAGCAGGAGCAGAAGCCCUUCAAGAAAUUAUCGGACCUGUGCAUCGCAAACGAAGGAGUCCGUAUUAAGGGAUUUGAACGAAUAUUUCGAGUAUGGAUCCCAAGCUGUGCAAAGCGUUUGCGGCUCUCGGGCUGGGAAAUUUACGCUAUUGACCUGUGGGAUGAGACAGUGUUACCGCUUCAGCAUCUGGAUUUGCGGAAUGCAACUGUUUCGCCUGCAGACCUGACUCGGUGUUUGGAAACCGGUCAACUCGCUAACCUCCGUCAUCUGAAUCUGGAUGGCAUACAGGGGCGGUUUGAUCCCGCAUUUGGACGACAAUUUGAUGGGAUUAUGUUGGGUAGGACGUUGGCGCUGCACACGCCGUCACUAGAGGUACUGGAGAUGCGAACGACUGAGCAUUCAGUGAUUGACCACUCCUUCGAUAUCGAGGGGCUUGUGGGACUGACGAAGUUGCAUACGCUGCGGAUUGAUAUCGAGUAUCUUGUGCUUAGGGGUGGGUCGGGGAACCAUGAUCCAAUUCAUCCGCAUCGGAUUCUUCCGGCAUCGCUGUGGCAUCUGGAGUUUACGCAGGUGCCAGUGCAAAAUAUCAAUGCUUACUGCUUGUAUGGGGAGAACGGCCUGUGGCCACCGUAUAGGGAGGGCGAGCAAGGUAGAGGUUCAGGUGCAUGGUCCAGCAUGAGCAUGGUCCAGCAUUUGUUGCCCUGGACCAGGACAGUUGCGUGGAGCCUGCUACCUUAUUGUAUCAAGUCAUUGCAAGACAAAGAGUAA